AUGGCAGAUUUUUGGUAAACUACUGCAGAUAUGUUCAGUACUCUAAUUACUAAGCCAAUGAUGAAAGAAUAAUAUCUUAUUAAACCUCCAUUCAACUAUAUAUUUGAUAUCAUCUUGGAAACAUAUAAAAAAACAGGUUAUGCAAAGGGAUUAUACAAAAUUGAGGAAUGGGAUGACAAUUACUAUUAUAUUAAGGAGAGGAGGAUAUUCUUUUUGUAAAAAAUUAUUGAUUUAACAUCUUAACUUUAAAUGAAGAACUAUAAGCCAAACCUCACAAUAUACUGGAAGGCUUGGAACCCUAACAAACAAAUAUAUUAUUGUAAGCAAUUUACAGAGCAGCCGUUAGUGGUAAAUGUAGGAAAAUUUCAAUAUUUCUAGAUUCUAGCCGGCAUAGCAUCUUGUUCCGCAGUAUAAAAGAAGGAGAAAGUUAAAGGCAAGAAACAACUUAUAGAAUAACAAAACAUAGAUUCUCUCUAAUAAACCUAGACAAAAUUGAAUAGCAUAGUAGAUUAAUAAUUAGCAUAGAUUCAAGAAUUGGAGGAUUAAUUAGAAAAGAAUGCUGAUCCUAGUUUCGAUUAGAAAUAAUACUCUGAAUAAUUAUUUAAAAAAUAAUUAGAAUAACUUAAAAAUUCUGAAACCAAUAAAUGUGGAGUAUUUUGA